AUGGGAAGCAAGAGAGCGGCGGACGAGAAAAAGAGUAGCUACUGCUCUAGGAUUUGCAUAGGCAUUUGGAAAUGCGUGAUUCUACUUUGUCUCCUUGGAACCAACUUUGUGAUGCUCUACAGCCUCACAGCAACGAGCUCGCAGCACGAUCAUGGCAGCAAGAGCUACAGCAGCUUCUUCUCCAGAUUAGCCGGCGAAAGAUCGAGCAAGCUUCAGGCGACGAAGAUCACGAGCCACAUCUCUCGCGUCCACCACGAGCUGGAGCUAGCGCAGAUUCAGCUGGUCGGGAUCCGGAAUGAUCUAUCCUCGUUUCUGGGUCGGCUAGAUCAGCAGCGAGAUCCAAAGCCAAGGAGUCAGCGAGAGGAGAACGAAGAUCAAUCCAUGCUUCCCGAAAACGUGAACGACAACCUCAAUCUCUUGGAUCCAAUCCCCAGCUCUGAGCUCCAGGAGUUCAUCGCGCUCCGCGACCUUCCUCUCGGCAAGCACAAGCUCUUCCAGAUCUCAAGGGUGGCAUCGCCGGUGGGCCACGCGUGCGCCGGAUCCAGCAGCAAGGAUCUCCUCCAGACCUUCAUGGACUACCCCGUGGGAGGCCUUUGCCCGGACGACUCCGAUCUCGCACAAACGCUGAUGCUGCAAGGCUGCGAGCCUCUCCCGCGCAGGCGAUGCUUCGCAAGAUCCCCAAACUCGUCCAGCGAUCCGCUGCCCUUCCCGGCUUGUCUCUGGAGCCUCCCUCCCGACAAUGCCAUCCUCUGGACGCACUACGCCUGCAAGAACUUCAGCUGCCUGGGCCGCCAUAGCUCGAGCUCGAUCAUGGGCUGCGAUUCCUGCCUCGAUUUGGACAAGGAGAAGCACAGAUGGGUGAGCGCUCGCGACGAUCACGACCUCGUCAUUCACGGGGUGCUGGCGAUGAAGCGAGGUGGGCUGAGGAUUGGGCUCGAUCUGGGCGGCGGGACUGGAAGCUUUGCAGCUAGGAUGCGAGAGAUGGGCGUGACGAUCGUCACCACCACAUUGGACGUGGGCGCUCCCUUGAGCAGUGUCGUGGCGGCGAGGGGCUUGGUGCCCAUGCAUGUCACCAUAUCCCAGCGGCUGCCCUUCUUUGACAACACCAUGGAUAUCGUCCACGCCGAGGACAUCGUUGGAUCGGGCUCCAUGCCCGCUGAAAGCUUCGAGUUCCUUGUGUAUGAUCUGGACAGGAUAUUGAGGCCUGGAGGGCUCUUGUGGCUCGAGAAGCUGGCUUGCAGCUAUGAGAUGUUGCAAACGGUCUAUGUUCCUGCCAUUGAUCGCAUGGGCUAUGAGAGAGUUAGAUGGUCCGUUGACUCUCACAACUCUCGCCAUGUCUUUCUCACUGCUUUGCUUGAAAAGCCGGCUUAUGGAAGAUUUCUUAAAGCCGCAGAUAGAGAGAAAAAACAUCCUUGUUUACUACAGCAGUUUUGGCCCAUGCAGGUUCGAACCUGCGACCUUGGCGUUAUCAGCACCACGGUCUGA